GGCCGGGGGCUAUGCAAAGGUAACUGUACCUAUAAACGGCAGGCAGGGCUGUGAGAGCUCCCUUCGGCCGUCAGGGCUGACGAGUAUUAGCUUGAAACUUAAACCUCACUCAACCCAAAGCAAGGCAGCACCAGUCAGGCCAACGCCAACAAAUCGCCAAAUGCCAGUAAUUUGCUGAACGGGUGAAUCGAUCACCUCGCCAAACCUCGCAGCUCGCUGACCUCUUUGGCCGCGCCGCCUAACCAAGUUCGCCAUGAAAACCGCCGGCGUCAUCGUCCUGAUCAUCGUGAUCGUGCUGCUCGCCGGAGGAGUCGGCUGGGUCAUUCACACGCGUAUGCGUGCCCAGCGAUUAGGACUACCACCCCCGCCUCUCAGCUCCUACAUACCCUUCUACAGAUCUUCAGCCCCGACAUACGGCCCGCCGCAACCGGCGCCCGGCGGCAUCGUCGGGUGGGUCAACGACCGCAUCCGCACAUUCAAGAACCGCAACGCGCGCACGGCUGCAGGCGCCUACGAGCCCUCGGGCGCCGGGGGACCGAGGCCCGGCCGGCGCGGCUUCGGGCCCUUCGACCCGGACGAGGCCUGGGACGCCCGGGUCGGCCACGAGGCGGACGUGGGCGGGUACUACGAGGAGCAGGAGCUCGGCCUUGCGCCGCGCCACCACCACGCGGACACGAGCUACGGCGGCAGCGGGGGAAGCUACCAGAUGAACCUCGCCACGACGCCCGGGGAGGCGCCGGAGGGGUUCGGGGGGGACGACGACGACCCCAGGGGGAGGACGAGGAGCAGGUCGCCGCGCGGGUUGGCUCCGGGGGCGGCGGCUGGGUCGAGGAACCCGUUCGAUGACGACGCGGACCCGAGCAACCUCAGCAUGAGGGCUGUUAGUCCUCGGCCCCUUGAUACUGCCGCCGUCGCCGCCGCGGGUGGAAAGACAGCACCCAAAGACCAUGGGUCUGGGGAUAGUCCUACGGAGAGGAGAUCUAUCUUCAGGGAAGCGGUAUGAGAGGGUGGAGAGGAUUUGGUUGUGGGUUGGUUGAUGAUGAUGACACCAUCACAGAUAUUCAGGCUCUGUGCUGUUACAUGCUUGGUGUAAAAACGCAACUCGAACGAACUUUUUACCGGCCAGGGGAAUCACGGUUUAGGUAGUGGGCAAAAGGGAGUCUGGUGGCUUUCUGGAUGGGCUUUUCUUUUAUUGUCAGGGUCAGUUUUAUUAUGUAUUAGGUGUUCCUUCUCGCCAUGCCUACUAUGAACGAUAUUUGGAGACAACCAA